ACAUCUCCCUAACGGCAGUUCGCCAGUCGGAGAUGGCAAGGAGAGUUAAGUGCGGGCUCCUUAUACCCAACAUAAACAACUCGUCCUGGGAAGACGUCCGUCAGGCAGCUGACGGACUGAAGUACCAGAAUGAAUGGGCCAAGGUCGGCACUUGGUCCAUCAUUGAGAUACUGCGGCAAGACCAGGGGUGGUUUGUCGCCUUCACAAUCCCCGAAGACCUCGUCCCCGCCUUUAUGGAGAGGGGGAGAUCCCUGAACUGUGGAGUGGGUAAUGUCUACCUCAGGUUCAGGGGUCCCGGAGGCAAAUACCUGGACCAGCCUCCCACCCUGCAGGACUCCACCCUAAGGGUAACGGGAGCACAGGUCCCUAGUCGACAGGCCCCGGGCACCCCCGGUCAGAGUAAAUCUGCCUCCGGAGAGGAAGUUGCCCCCCCAUCGAUGCCCAAGCCAACGACAGCCGAACCCUCGGAGGAUGAACUCCUUGGCACUGGUGAUGAACCAGCCGGGACAUCAUCCGACGGUGAGUACCUGUCGGCUUGGAUAGAGACGGGGCUGGCCGACAUGUUGAAGGAGGGAGGGGAGAUGCAAGACGGAGACCCCACCACCGACAACAUGGACACCGGCUAGUGUCCUACAAGCAAACCUCCAGCACAGCGUGGCCGCUACGGCCCAACUGAGACGCUGCCUGGUAGGUUUGCCAACAGCCGUUGCCCUCCUACAAGAACCAUGGGUGGGCAACGGUCACAUACGCGGGCUCUCCGACACGAAAGGCUGUCGCGACCUAGUCCUCGCCUCGGCGUACAUGCCCGGAGAGGACGAGCCGCCGCCCGCCGAACUACAACGACUGGUCAGCCACUGCGAGAG